CGCGUCUGCGAAUGGCAUUCGUGCAUGAAGCGGCCGAGCUAUGGUCCUGAAGGUGGUCCUGCCGUCGCUUGCUCAUCGCAUCGUCUGGAGCACUACGUGGAUGUCAUCAAUGUAAGGUGCUCCUAUGCCGGCAGUUGCUCGAAGCGAGCUUACUUCGGAGGCGAGGACUGCGGGUGGAGGCCCACCUUCUGCGGGAGUCACCGACGCGCCUCUGACGUGAACGUUGUGGUUCGGGCAAGCAAUCACACUCAGAGAGAGAUCAGCGCUCGGUAUGCGCAUACGGGGGGAAGACCCGAGCGAUGCAGCAUCCAUAGGGAGGAAGGGAUGGUGCCUUUCCCGCCUACCUGCACCAGAACAGGAUGCAAGCGAAAAGCUAUUUUCGCUACCAAUGAAGGAUCGACCCCCACCGCUUGCUCGCUGCAUCGCAAGGCAGGGGACAUUGAUCUCGUGCGGCUGACGUGCGUGGUGCAAGGAUGCAACCUGUCGGCUUCCUUCGGCAAACUCAGCAAGUUCCACCCGCUGCAUUGCUCGCUCCAUCGGGACUACCAUGAGCGAGACUUGAGGCAUGGCUGCUGCUCGCACACAGGUUGCUUCAGGUCUCCCACCUACGGCAGCUUGUUCGAGCGACCGCAGCGAUGUGCAUGCCAC